AUGAAGACGCAGAUGCGCCGACUAUGGGAAUCCCUGGCCGAAACACUCUCAGCACAUCCUCUCUUGGUCAAGACGGUAGCGCUCGCCGGAGGCUCCGGCCUGAUUAUCGCCGCCUAUCGAGACUACCAGGCCUUCCUCGCCCUAGGGCGUGGUGGCAUCCCUUACAACGCGUUCGGCUGGCUCAUCAAUGCACUCAUUCUUCGUCCCCUUGCCCUCUCCUACUCUGCACGGCUCUACACCGGCGACUACCCUGACUCUGGAGCGGGAAAGGUGCUCUUGGAGCUGCCACUGCGAGAAGGACGACGUCCUAUGGCUGACGGAAUUAUCCCGCAUCGUCAGAUGACUGACAAGGCUCCUGAAGCUAUGGCGGCACCGUCAAGGCAGAUGAUGCUAGGGUUUCUGGAAGAUCCGGCGUUCGAAGGCCGCCUGGAAGUGAAGAAGAGUCACUACGAGUUGCACAACGACGCCUUAUAUGUGAAGAACCUGGAAGACACCGCUUUGCCGGCGCUUGCGCCAGCAGCCAAAGGCGAGAUCAUGCAUGUUCAUCCAGACCGAUCAAUUCAUGUCUAUCUACACCCUGCUGAUGCUCGAGUCGUGAUCGCGAAAGGCUGGGGAGAGCGUCACCGCCUCAGCAGAACCUGGCCGUGGUGGAUGGGACGGCGGCAGCAAUUGUUGGGUGUAGGACAUACCUGGAUCAUGCUGUACGGGGCUCGAGACGAGUAUGAACUCGCGACUCUGCGCGAUAUCACGGCUGAAGGAGUCAAAUGGAUGCUAGGCGACAGAGCUGGUGGCAGCUAG